CAUAUAAAAUGCUUUUAUUGUUGGCUCUGCUCGGUGAAUUUCAUCUUUACCUUUAUCAUUUUUAUUGAUGUAAACUUCCAUAAAAUUGAGCACUUUUCUACUACGAAACGCAAUUUUGUUACCUUCUUAAACAAAAUAUCAUUGUAGAAUUAUUAUGUCAUAGUUAUUUUUAGAUUAGAUAAUGUCACUUGUUGCUGAUUACAAUUCUUCAGAAGAAUCUUCCUCGGAAAACGAAAGUGAAAGUAAAAGCACAAAGAAACUUCCUCUGCCCUCAUUGACUUUCGUUUCCAAGACGACAGGAAAAAGUUCCUUGUUUCUACAGGAUCGGAAAUUAUCUUCAAAUUCUGUGUAUUCAAAUCCCUAUCUGCAAUCGGAAGAACGUAAGAUAUCUAUCCUAACGAAGCAUGGUCCUCUUGUGAACACAAAGGAGGAGAGCGAGCAAGAAAAAAGAUUUAAUAAGAGACAGAAGAAAAAGAAAGAGAAGGAGCCGACGAAAUUAUGUCUUCAUUUUUUUAAAAAAGGUACUUGUAAAUAUGGAGAUGCGUGUAAGUUUUUACAUUCUAUAGCAAAGACUGAGACUUCUCACACAGACGAUACGACGAACUGCAGAGUUGAGAAAAACACGUGUUAUUCCCAGAACAUUGAAAACUCUUCUGUCACAAAACAACCCUCGGUUUCGAACACGUUGAAAAAGAAGUCCGAACGCGUUUGUAAUGUUGCUUAUGUCCAAAAUGAAUGCACGGACGUAGCUGGAGCCACUGUUGAUGAUACCGACGAUGUAUUAUGGGAAGGCAGUGAAAACAACAAGCGAAAAAGGCGGGUUGGUUUGAGUGACACUGUCGUACCCAGUAAACGCGCUAUUAAUGCGUAUGAAAGAUACUCCAAGCAUAGCUAACAUAGAAAGGUACUCCAAGCAUAGCUAACAGAGUAUAAUUUUUGAUUGAGUCAACUGUGAAGAAACGCCUGCAAGUAUCCACCCCUUUAAAGAAUAUUAAGCUAUGCUUAAACAACGGUAUGAAUCGAUGAGCUCCUAAUGAUAUGUUUGUUAGCUACAUAAUUAAUUACCGAAUUAUAAAAAUGCGUAGCUCACAAACACUUGAUACUCACGAAAAGGUGACGAGAAAAUAUAGAUAGAUAUAGGAAUAUCCACAGGGAGCAAUUUUCGCAACAUUACGUAGAUUUAGUCCAAAUUCAAUCUGUGUAGCCCUGAUAAUUUUUUCUGCAAAGUUACCUAGUUUCGAAUUAGCUUUUAAAUAAAAUCAGAACAUGUUUCCUAUAUUUCUGACUCCUUGAGUUUACGUUUCUAAUAUUAAGAAAAUGCUCGAAAUUUAUUACGUGAAAUCUCACUCCUCAAAUUUUGCAGUUUCUAGACUUCUUUGAGCUAAAUAAAUGCAAGUGAUUAUACCUUAUGUUGCAAUAUGAAGAAUCUUAAUGAAGAAUCUCACAGUGAAAACUCAGGCUGUUAAAAAGACAAUAACGCAAUUUAUUUUUCUUAUGACGCGCGCAUAAAUUAUCACGAGUUUUGAUUCUGUAAGAAAUGAGGGCAACGAUUUGACGAAGCAAAAGUAGGUUUAUUAAAUUAUUUAUUUUUUAACAAGAUUCCCAAUAGAUUGUGGCAUAAAUUAUUUCCAAAGGGAAGGCCAAAAAAUUAAAUAAAUAUAUAAUAUAAA